GCGUCGAGCAGCGCAGGAAGUCUGCCACCGUCGCUGUUGGACCAGCUAAAGCUUUCGAGGUUCCGAUCGGUUCCAUUUUUGUUUGGGUUCAAAUUAAGGCUCUCGGCGUCGGAGUGUAUCGCAGGGUUCGAUAAACAAACGCCGAGGAUUUCCUUCAUCUUUAUACAAACACCGACGCGCGUGCAGCAAAGCGAAAGUUAAGGGUCGAGAUGAGUGUGGAGGCGUACGGGCCGAGCUCCCAGACCCUCACCUUCCUGGACACCGAAGAAGCGGAGCUGCUCGGGGCGGACACCCAAGGCUCCGAAUACGACUUCACCGACUUCACCCUGCCGAGCCAGACGCAAACUCAAGGCCAGACCCAGAGCCAGUUGGACGGGCAGGUAAACGGUCCCGAUGAGGGUCUUCACAACGGUGGCGUGGAUGACUCCGUGGCCAAAGCCAGCCAGCUGUUGGCCGAGCUCAACUUUGAGGAGGACGAAGAAGACACGUACUACACCAAAGACCUGCCUGUGCACGCGUGCAGCUACUGUGGUAUCCAUGAUCCAGCGUGUGUGGUGUACUGCAAUACCAGCAAGAAGUGGUUCUGUAAUGGACGUGGCAACACAUCUGGCAGCCACAUUGUGAACCACUUGGUGAGAGCGAAAUGCAAAGAGGUGACGCUGCAUAAAGACGGGCCGCUGGGUGAGACCGUGCUGGAGUGCUACAACUGUGGCUGCCGCAACGUCUUCCUUCUGGGCUUCAUUCCGGCCAAGGCUGAUUCUGUGGUGGUUCUACUCUGCAGGCAACCGUGUGCCAGCCAGAGUAGCUUGAAAGAUAUCAACUGGGACAGCUCGCAGUGGCAACCCCUGAUCCAGGAUCGCUGUUUCCUGUCCUGGUUGGUGAAGAUCCCAUCAGAACAGGAGCAGCUUCGAGCACGUCAGAUCACUGCCCAGCAGAUCAACAAGCUGGAGGAGCUUUGGAAGGACAAUCCCACAGCCACUUUGGAAGACCUAGAGAAGCCCGGUGUGGACGAGGAACCUCAGCAUGUGCUGCUGCGCUACGAGGACGCCUAUCAGUACCAGAACAUUUUUGGCCCUUUGGUCAAGCUGGAGGCAGACUACGACAAGAAGCUUAAGGAAUCCCAGACUCAAGACAAUAUAACCGUGAGGUGGGACCUGGGACUGAAUAAAAAGCGGAUUGCCUAUUUCACACUGCCCAAGACUGAUUCAGAUAUGCGACUGAUGCAGGGUGACGAGAUCUGUCUGCGAUACAAGGGAGACCUGGCGCCAAUGUGGAAAGGCAUUGGCCACGUCAUUAAAGUCCCCGACAACUAUGGGGAUGAGAUAGCCAUUGAAUUGCGGAGCAGCGUUGGAGCACCUAUAGAAAUCCCCCAUAACUUCCAGGUGGAUUUUGUGUGGAAGUCCACUUCCUUUGACAGAAUGCAGAGUGCUCUAAAGACCUUUGCAGUGGAUGAGACGUCUGUGUCUGGCUACAUUUACCACAAGCUCCUGGGCCACGAGGUGGAGGAUGUCACCAUCAAGUGCCAGCUGCCAAAACGCUUCACUGCUCAGGGGCUGCCUGACCUCAAUCACUCACAGGUGUAUGCUGUGAAAACAGUGCUGCAGAGGCCUCUCAGUCUGAUUCAGGGCCCUCCUGGCACUGGCAAGACGGUCACCUCGGCGACCAUCGUCUACCACCUGUCCCGACAGGGCAACGGACCCGUUCUGGUCUGCGCUCCCAGUAACAUUGCUGUGGACCAGUUGACUGAGAAGAUCGACAAGACCGGCCUGAGGGUAGUCAGGCUGUGCGCCAAGAGCCGAGAGGCCAUCGAGUCACCGGUGUCUUUUCUGGCUCUGCACAACCAGAUCAGCAACAUGGACAGCAUGCCGGAGCUUCAGAAACUGCAGCAGCUGAAGGAUGAGACGGGGGAGCUGUCGUCUGCUGAUGAGAAGCGCUACAGGGCUUUGAAACGCACAGCUGAGAGGGAGCUACUCAUGAAUGCUGACGUCAUCUGCUGCACCUGUGUCGGGGCGGGUGAUCCUCGUCUGGCUAAGAUGCAGUUCCGCUCCAUCCUGAUUGAUGAGAGCACCCAAGCCACUGAGCCCGAGUGUAUGGUGCCUGUGGUGUUGGGAGCCAAGCAGCUCAUUCUGGUGGGUGACCACUGCCAGUUGGGCCCUGUGGUGAUGUGUAAGAAGGCAGCUAAGGCUGGUCUGUCCCAGUCUCUCUUUGAACGUCUGGUGGUUUUGGGCAUCCGGCCGAUCCGCCUGCAGGUCCAGUACCGUAUGCAUCCGGCCCUCAGUGCCUUCCCCUCCAACAUCUUCUACGAGGGCUCGCUGCAGAAUGGUGUUACUGCAGCUGACCGCAUCAAGAAAGGAUUUGACUUCCAGUGGCCACAGCCAGACAAGCCCAUGUUCUUCUAUGUGACUCAGGGUCAGGAGGAAAUCGCCAGUUCAGGAACCUCCUACCUCAACAGGACGGAGGCUGCAAAUGUAGAGAAGAUCACCACUAGGCUGCUAAAAGCUGGAGCCAAACCUGACCAGAUCGGCAUCAUCACACCAUACGAGGGUCAGCGGUCCUACUUGGUCCAGUACAUGCAGUUCAGCGGCUCCUUGCACACCAAACUCUAUCAGCAAGUGGAAAUUGCCAGCGUGGAUGCCUUUCAGGGGAGAGAGAAGGACUUCAUCAUCCUGUCGUGUGUCCGUGCCAAUGAGCAUCAGGGCAUUGGCUUUCUGAACGACCCCCGUCGUCUCAACGUGGCACUGACCAGAGCCAAGUACGGGGUGAUCAUUGUGGGAAACCCUAAGGCCCUCUCUAAGCAACCGCUGUGGAACAACCUGCUCAACAACUACAAGGAGCAGAAGGUCCUGGUGGAGGGACCUCUGAACAACCUGAGGGAGAGCCUCAUGCAGUUCAGCAAGCCACGCAAACUGGUCAACACAAUCAAUCCUGGAGGUCGUUUUAUGAGCACUGCAAUGUACGACGCCCGUGAGGCCCUCAUUCCUGGCUCUGCCUACGACCGCAGCAGUGCUGCUGGACGUCCUUCCAACAUGUACUUUCAAACUCAUGACCAGAUUGGGAUGAUUGGGGCAGGCCCUGGUCACAUGGCUGCCAUGAAUAUCCCAAUACCCUUCAACCUGGUGAUGCCGCCAAUGCCUCCGCCGAGCUUCAUGGGUCAAACCAAUGGACCUGCUGCAGGCCGUGGAGCUAUGAAGGGUAAGCCUGGACGUGGUGGAAGGCAAAGGGGCCGUGGCUCUGGGAACCAGGGUGCCAGUCAGGGCAAUGGACCAAACAGCCAGGCCAGUCAGGAUGGAGCAUCCCAGUCCUUCUCACAGGGCCCACUGACACAAGGCUAUAUCUCCAUGAGCCAGCCCUCUCAGAUGAGCCAGCCCGGCCUCUCCCAGCCAGAACUCUCCCAGGACAGCUACCUGGGCGACGAGUUCAAGUCCCAGAUCGAUGUGGCUUUGUCCCAGGACUCGACUUACCAGGGUGAACGCGCAUACCAGCAUGGUGGGGUGACUGGACUGUCACAGUACUAAAGCGAUGCUUGAAGAAGGGAGCUAGGCUUGAGCUGAGCUUAGUUCAUCAGCUUUUUAAUCUGGGAAA